AUGCUGGUCCGAAACCUCACAGAGCUCACAGAGUUGCAUCUUAAUGAAGUCCAAAUAUCAGCACAAGGGCGUGAUUGGGAUCAGGCCAUAUCAUCUUCUCUUCCAAACUUGAGGGUGCUAGAAUUGUCCAAUUGUGGUCUUUCAGGUCCUAUCCACGAGUCCCUUGCUAAGCUUCAAUCUCUAUCAGUGGUUCAAUUGAAAUGGAAUAAUAUCGCUGCACCAAUUCCAGGCUUCUUUGCCAACUUUUCAAAUUUGACUUUGUUGGAUCUCAACCAAUGCAAUUUGCAGGGAAUAUUUCCCAAAGAGAUCUUUCAAUUACCUACACUGCAAAGCAUCGACCUUUCAGGGAAUCCAGAACUCCAUGGUUCCUUGCCAGAAUUUCCAAAAAAUGGAUCUCUCCAGUCCUUGUUUCUUUCUGGAUCAAACUUUUCAGGGUCGUUACCAAACUCGAUUGGCAACCUUGCAAUGUUGUCCAAACUAGAAAUUGCAUGGUGCAAUAUCACUGGACCAUUACCCAAGUCGAUGGCAAACCUUACAGAAUUGGUUAAUCUGGACAUGAUUGGAAACAACUUUCAGGGUUCAAUUCCAUCUUUUGAUAGGGCCAAGAAUCUGGAGAGCAUAGACCUUUCUUUAAAUGGUCUAACUGGUCAAUUCCCUGAACUUUCUAAUGACUCUUUCUAUUCCAUGCGAAUUCUUUAUUUGGGAAGCAACAAUCUGGAAGGUCCAAUACCCAUGUCCAUCUUUAAUUUUCGAGGGCUUCAGGGUCUUGAUCUUUCUUCAAACAAUUUUAGCGACUCAUUUCCUCUUGAUGGUUUUCAACAUCAAAAAAACCUCGAAAAUCUUGUUCUUUCGUACAACAACAUUUUUCUUAGCUACGAUGCUAGAAAUUUCUCAUAUCCAUCCUUCCCUCAAUUCUUGGUUUUGAGUUUAGCUUCAGGAAUUUUGAGAACAUUCCCUAGUUUCUUGAGAAAUCAAUCCCAACUGGACACCUUGGACCUUUCAGAUAACCAGAUACAUGGCGAGGUACCUAAUUGGAUAUGGAAGCUCAAACAUCUUUAUUCACUAAAUCUUUCAUGCAACUUCCUAGAUACUUUAAAAGCUUCUUCAAUAUCCAAUAUCACUUCUCUGGGAUUGCUCGACCUUCACUCCAACAAAUUUCAAGGACAAAUCCCAACUGUCUCAUCACCAGCAGCUUUUUAUUUGGAUUACUCGAGGAAUGGUUUCAACUCCAACAUACCAACUACCAUUGGAGAUAAGCUUGUUGAAACUGCAUUUAUUUCUCUUUCGAGCAGCAACCUCCAUGGGUUCAUUCCACGAUCAAUAUGCACAUUACUCUUCUUGAGCCUUUGGAAAAGUCAUGUGUUGAAGAGAGUAGUCCAAAUACUUACAAACAAUCUUACAAAGGUUGGCAUGUUCUCCAAGAAUUGCAAUCUAGAAACUCUUGACAUCAGUGAAAAUCAUAUACAAGGUCAGUUUUUAAAAUCUCUUGUCAACUGCACAAAGUUGGAGGUUUUAAACCUUGGAAACAAUCAGAUAACAUAUCCUUUUCCUUGCUUUUUGAAGAACACGUCCACUUUGCGUGUCCUUAUCUUGCGUUCGAAUAAGUUUUAUGGACACAUUGGAUGUCCAGAGACUAGUGGAACUUGGCCAGUGCUUCAAAUCAUUGACCUAGCCAACAACAAUUUUAGUGGUGAAAUACCUGCUAAUGCUUUGAUGACGUGGCAGGCAAUGAUGGCUAAACAAGAUGAUCCCCCAUCAAAGCUCAAUCACCUUCAAUUUCAGGAUGUUGGAGAUUAUAGAAUUUAUUACCAGGAUACGAUUACAGUUAUCAACAAAGGCAUAGAGAUAGAGCUGGUAAAGAUUCUAACUGUCUUCACCUCGAUUGACUUCUUAUGCAACAAGUUCGACGGAUCAAUACCAAAGGAAAUUGGAGAACUCAAAUCUCUGUAUGCCCUCAACUUGUCAAAUAAUGCUUUCAUAGGAGCAAUUCCAGCAUCCUUAAGUAGCUUGAGUCAACUAGAGUCGCUAGACCUCUCAAAGAACAACUUGAGCGGGCAAAUUCCACCACAGCUUACACAGCUCACUUUCCUUUCAUUUUUGAAUCUUUCAUAUAAUCAACUUGUGGGAAGGAUUCCAAGCAGUAACCAAUUUUCAACAUUUCCAGAAGAUUCAUUUGAAGGUAAUAAAGAUUUAUUCGGGCCUCCUUUAAACAAAGAUGACACAUCAAGGUUUUCACCGCCAACAUCAUAUAAAUUUCAUCCAAAUCAGAGAGAUCAGGUUGAUUGGGAUCUUAUCAGUGUUGAAAUUGGAUUUAUAUUUGGGUUUGGAAUUGUCAUUGGGUCACCUUUGUUUUGCAAGAGAUGGAGGAAAUGGUACUGCAGAGCUAUUUGUAAUAUCCUUAUAAAGAUAUUCCCUCAACUAGAAGAAAGAAUCUCUACAUAA